GGUGUUAAUCAGAUCCGCAUGAAGCUGGAGCUGCUCGGUCACAGCGCCGCUUCUCCUCCUCCUGCUCCUCCUCCUGCUCCUCCCGCUGCUCGUCAGGAAAGUUUAGAGGAGAAAACAGACGAUAAAAACUCUCCUCCGCCGGUUUAUCUCUCACUUCCACACCGAGUGCAGAGGACGAACCGGGACCGUGGUCGGUAAACUCGGCUGGGUGAGGAGUUUAACGGUUCGUUUUCUUCUCGUCUCAGCCGCGAUGGAAGCGGAAAAACCGCCCUGUUCUGAGAGAUGCUCCCAGUGAGAAGAGAAACUACAGAUCUGCAGCGUUUCAUGCUUGUUUUCCCACCACCGCUGCUCACAACAUGAUCAGGAGUUUUCAUCCAGCAGGAGGCCUGAGGAUUUAACUGUGUUAGAAAACUCUUUACAGUUGAACUCCCCAGGAUCCCCAGCUUUUAUUCUACUGAUUCUUUUUUCUACCUCAGAGAUGCCCAGCAGUGAGAGGAAACUUUCCAUGCAGGAUUUUACUGGUGAGAAAUGUGAAUCAAGACAAACGAGGAGGCAGAAAACUCUCGACGAACAAACCCGAGCAGCCAGACGCUUUCUAUUAGUUUAGUUUUGUUUUGGAUGUCGUUCACCUGCGAGGCCUUUCUCCCACCUGGACGACGUCACAGAUAGCAGCCAAUGUCAGCCGACAACAGCCCACCGCCGCCGCCGCUGCCGCCGGCCUCCCCUCGGUCCUUCCCCGUCCUCCCUCAGCACGCAGCCCCGCCUACCCCGUCGCCGUCGCCCAGCCCGCCCGCCACCCUCUGCGGCCGGCUGUCCAACGGCAGCCAGACGGCCCCCAGCCCCACCAACUCACGGGGAUCCAUCCAGGGCGUCUCCUUCCUGCUCCAGAUCGGACUCACCAGGGAGACGGUGACCCUCGACCCCGGAGACCACUCGCUGUCGGCCGUCAGGGAGCUCGUCUGCUCCAUCGUGGAUCAGAAGUUCCCUGAAUGUGGGUUUUUCGGGAUGUACGACAAGAUCCUGCUCUUCCGUCAUGACCUGAACUCGGACAACAUCCUGCAGCGGCUGACCUCUGCAGAGGAGAUCCACGAGGGCGACCUGGUCGAGGUGGUUCUCUCCGCUCUGGCCACGGCCGAGGAUUUCCAGAUCCGACCUCACACGCUCUACGUUCACUCCUACAAGGCCCCGGCUUUCUGCGACGACUGCGGGGAGAUGCUGUGGGGACUCGUCAGACAGGGCCUCAAAUGUGAAGGAUGUGGACUGAACUACCACAAACGAUGUGCGUUCAAGAUCCCCAACAACUGCAGCGGCGUGAGGAAGAGACGGCUGUCCAACGUGUCUCUGUCGGGCACCGUCAUGUUCGUCGCCCGUCCACCGUCCACCGAGUUCACCCCGACGCCGCAGGAAGAGCGCCCCCUCCUGGGCGCCGGUAAGCGUAACUCCCUGCUGAGCGGUCGUCCCAUCUGGAUGGAGAAGAUGGUCCUGGGUCGGGUCAAAGUCCCUCACACCUUCUCCGUCCACACCUACACCCGUCCCACCAUCUGCCAGUUCUGCAAACGCCUGCUGAAGGGACUGUUCCGCCAGGGGAUGCAGUGCAAAGAUUGUAAAUUUAACUGCCAUAAGAGAUGUGCAGCCAAAGUUCCUCGAGACUGUCUCGGCGAGGUCGACUUUAACGGAGAGCCGACCAGUCCCAGUCUGGACUCCGAGGCGACGAUGGAGGUGGACAACUGUGACGUCAACAGCGAUGGAGGUCACAGCAUGGACGAGCAGGACGAGCCGUCCACGCCCGAGGACAAGCUCUUCUUCAUCGAGGGUCCCUGCACAGACGGCGAGAAAGACGACGAGACGCUCAGAGCCAUCAGCCCGUCCACCAGCAGCAACAUCCCUCUGAUGCGAGUGGUUCAGUCCAUCAAACACACCAAGAGGAAAAGCUCCACGGUGGUUAAAGAGGGAUGGAUGGUGCACUACACCAACCGGGACAACCUGAGGAAGAGACAUUACUGGAGGCUGGACAGUAAGAGCCUGACUCUGUUUCAGAAUGAAAGUGGAGCCAAGUAUUACAAGGAGAUCCCGCUGUCCGAGAUCCUGCAGGUGGAGCUGGCGCAGGACUUCGGCAGCCUUCCUCAGGGCAGCAACCCGCACUGCUUCGAGGUGAUCACGGCCAGCAUGGUGUACUACGUCGGGGAGGACAACGGCGGCCUGUACCACAACCCCGUCCUGGCGGCGUCCGGCGUGGGGCGGGACGUGGGCCACAGCUGGGAGAAGGCCAUCCGACAGGCGCUGAUGCCCGUCACGCCCAAGGCCAGCGUCGGCACCGGGCCCGGCCAGGGGAAGGACCACAAGGAGCUUUGUGUCAGCAUAUCAGUGUCCAACUCCCAGAUACAGGAAAAUGUGGAUAUCAGCUCAGUCUAUCAGAUCUUUGCUGACGAGGUCCUCGGCUCCGGACAGUUUGGGAUCGUCUACGGAGGUAAACACAGAAAGACCGGCAGAGACGUCGCAAUCAAAAUCAUCGACAAAAUGAGGUUUCCCACCAAACAGGAGAGUCAGCUGAGGAACGAGGUGGCCAUUCUCCAGAACCUCCACCACCCCGGUAUCGUUAACCUGGAGUGCAUGUUUGAGACACCGGAGCAGGUGUUUGUCGUCAUGGAGAAGCUCCACGGCGACAUGUUGGAGAUGAUUUUAUCCAGCGAGAAGAGUCGACUUCCUGAACGCCUCACCAAGUUCCUGGUUACGCAGAUCCUGGUCGCCCUCAGACAUCUUCACUUCAAGAACAUCGUCCACUGUGACCUGAAGCCGGAGAACGUCCUCCUGGCCUCAGCAGAACCCUUCCCUCAGGUGAAACUCUGCGACUUCGGCUUCGCCCGUAUCAUCGGGGAGAAGUCUUUCCGUCGCUCGGUGGUCGGCACUCCGGCCUAUUUGGCGCCUGAGGUUCUUCGCAGCAAAGGCUACAACCGAUCUCUGGACAUGUGGUCGGUUGGCGUCAUCAUCUACGUCAGCCUGAGCGGGACGUUCCCCUUCAACGAGGACGAAGACAUCAACGACCAGAUCCAGAACGCUGCCUUCAUGUACCCACCCAACCCCUGGAAAGAGAUCUCAGAGGAAGCCACAGACCUGAUCAACAACCUGCUGCAGGUGAAGAUGAGGAAGCGCUACAGCGUGGACAAAUCACUGAGCCACCCCUGGCUGCAGGACUACCAGACCUGGCUGGACCUCAGGGAGUUCGAGACCCGUCGCGGUGAGCGCUACAUCACCCACGAAAGCGACGACGCCCGCUGGGAGGAGUACGCCGAUGAGCGAGGCCUGCACUACCCCAAACACUUCAUCAUGUCCCCGAACCUGGACGAUAUGGAGGAGGACCCUUAGCGGCCGCGGAGAGAGUCAGCAUCUCCUACGACGAAGCGGCGGAGGAGGAGUCCAUUCAGCGGCUGCAGCGGAUGCUAUGGCAACUGUCACCAUGGAGACAGUUGCUUGAGCCGUCCCCACGGCGACGCUGGAUAACGUGGAUAACAAGAACGUGUCGGCCGGGCAGCUCUGUUGAGGACACUGUGACUGUGGCAACAAAUCAGGUCCUGAGAAACUUUUUACACAUUUUACUUUUUUCCUAUUUUUGUCUACAAAGCCAUAACAAACAGACCCUGAGAAAUCUGGAGAGAUUUAUUUAUUUUUUUCCCCCAGAUUCAACAUUCAGUCUCUUAAAUAACUGUCCUCACUGCCAGUUGAGCCACAGAAGGGCUAGCUAAAAACCAACCUAGAGACUUUAUAUACUUUUUCAGCUCAAAUAGCAUAUUUUUAUUAUGUUGUCGUAACAUUUUAGAUCUGAUGAAGCUGUGCAGAGGAGGAGAGGUGACAGCUGUUUUACACAUUUAGUUAAACCUGUUCUAUUUGAGAAACUGGAAGAAACAGAAGAAACCAACGUGUUGUGUCUUGAAGAUGUUCUUUCAUAUUUUAUUUUAUUUUUUUCGUCGUACCUUGUCGGGAUGUCUUUGCACUAUUAUUAGGUGGAAACUCUUUUUAAAGGAGAAAUUAACUGAUAACUUUUGGUUUGUACAUCUGCAAAAGUAUAAAAAAAAAAAAUCCUCUGGUUUUCAAAGAUUCUUUUGUUUUAUGAAGAUUUAGUUUAAGAACAAUGUUUGCAGCCAAAUUAGAGGCUGAAAUGCGCAAUUUUUUUGAUUCUUAUUGCUGAAAUCUAGGUGGCCUUUUUAGGACAACUCAGACUGUUCACUUUUACAAAUCCUAUCUUGUCUCAAAACCACCUCAAUAUGAAACUAAUAGAAACAGAAAAGAGUGAUGGAAACGUGGGAUUAUUUUAGCUCCUAAUCUACUUUUGAAACAUUGUGCUUGAUGCAUAAACUGACAGUGAUUUCAUAGACAUGUAUUAAAUUCUAAAUAUCAACAUGCUAAGAAGAAUAUUGGUAUUUUUCAGCCUGUAGGUCUUAUUCUAGUAUUUGUGGAAACGCUAACGUUAGCGUUCUCAGAUUAACGUUAGCAUGUUAACAUGCGAAAUAGCAAUAUAGAAAGUGAGAAUUCCUUUAUUUUUCAACCUGAUUUUAUUUUUAUAGUUGUAGCUACUCAGACUAUGAGUUAUGCUAACUUAACACACAGAACCUUAAUAGUAAAGAUUUAGUAAACAAAACAAAACAAUGAAUGUUGGGACGCACAACCCGCCUUUUAAAGUUUUUCAAAUGAACUUAAAUUUGACGUAAAUCAUUUCAAACACUUGUUCCUGAAUGCAUCGGACAGUAAAUACAGGAACUAGCCUCCUAGCUUAGCUUAUGUAGCUAACUGCACAGAGAUCUGCUCCUAGGAAAACUUGUUGGCUAUCAAACCUAGCAUGCUAAUGGUAGCAUGUGAUAACAUUUCAUUAUCAGAGGAAAAUCUGUGUUUAAGCAUGUUUGAAUUGAACAUGCUAGCAUUUCUGUGAUCAUGGAUUUCUGAACCAAAUUUAAUGUCAGUAGAAUUAAUAGACCCAUAUUACUGCCUCUGAAGCUGCUAACAGGGUUAAAAUGACGUUUUAUCUCAGUUAAAUACAGAUUUUUUUGCUGUGGGAACUUUGUUUUCCUAAGAUCCCUCUGCACAUACUGUGAGGUUAUUCUACACUUUUGCAGAAAAACAAAUCCAGAGUUAUUUUCAGUGAUUCUUUCUUAAACUUUGGGUGAAGACGAGCUGAGAAUCGAGCUGCUAUUAUCUGUCUUUCUGUGUCUGAGAAGAAAAAAGAAAAACAACUGUAGAGCGUCGUUGAUCCUGAUCUGACUCCAGCCUGAGAAUUUAUUUUACGUUUUAUAUUUUUGCAAGAAACUUUGCGUCAUGUGGAUGAUGUUGAUGGGAAAAUAUUAAAGCUGAACUUUGAGAAACUCUUA